AUGAGUGAGUGUCUCCUUGAUCAAUCAGGUCAUCUGGACGCGAAGACGGACGUGUAUGCAUUCGGGAUGGUGUUGCUGCAGAUGCUCACUGGUCGGAAGGUGUUCGAUCCUGAUCGACCGUGCGCUGAACGCCACUUGGCACAGUUCGCCAAGCCCCAUCUCUCAUCGGAUGCCAAAGAGCUAGCGAGUCUAAUGGACCCAAAACUCAAUGGGGAGUAUCCUUCGGCGGCCGCUUCUCGACUGGCCCGAAUCAUCGAAGCAUGUAUCGAGAAGGAGCAUAAGCUCCGACCAACCAUGAACGAUGUUGUGAAAGCCCUCGAGAAGAUUGACGCCAUAAGGAUAGGAGGAGAUUAG